AUGGCCAAGAAAAAGUCCACCAAUUUCAGCGGCGAGACAAAAACCUCAUUCACAUUCCCCCACCUGAACCAGGACGUUGCCGACGCCGUUUCUGACCACAUCACCUCCGUGUGGUUCAACAGAAAGACCAAUCAGGAGUCUGACCGGAAAUAUUCAACCUUUGUGAUGGGGAGGUUCACUUGCGACAAUGGCGGCUGUUCCAAGGCAGCCUGGAGCAGCGGGAAGGUGACCAUAGUCAUCAGAGGGUACCCCGACAACGGAUACAACGCAGUCGUAUACAACCAGCGCUGCACAGCCUGCAAGAAACUAGGAACUCUGACUCUGGAUGAAAAUUCCUACGUCGAGCGGGUCGCGUAUCGGUUGAAGAAAUGGGCAGGGGUGGACAUGGAACGUCCUGUCUACACUUUGUGUACCGAUGGCGGAAACGAGCUUUGGCAGAGCAUGGCCAAAGAAAUUGAUAGCGGUCUCAUUAUCAAUCUAGAAAUGCCUUACCCCAACUAG